UUUUUUGUAAUAAAUAAAAACAAAAAAAAAAUUUAAUAACUAUUAUUUAAAUUAAUAAUUAAUAUUUAAAAAAAAAAAAAAACAAAUCUAUAUUUCCUAUAUAAAAAUAAAAAAUAAGGAAACAAAAAAAAAAAAAAUUUAUAUAUGAUGAGCAAAUGUGGUGAUCCAGAUGAUAGCUCAAGUGUGCCAUUAAUAUUAACCGGAUUUGAUGAUAAAUUUGGUACAACCGAUAGUGAUAAUACUGAUAAUGAUGAUAAUAACGAUGAUGGAAAUUUUAUUAAUAAUGAAAUUGAUGCAAUACUUAAUCGUUCAAAUGAUGAAUCAUCAUUUGAACCACAUCAUAAUAAUUUAUCAAAUUCAUAUCAUCAACAAACUCCUAUUACACCAACAUCAGCAGCAGCAGCAACAACAACAACAACAACAACAGCAAUUGGUAUUACUAAUCCAAUAUCAAAUACAUAUAAUAAUAAUAUUAAUAAUGGUACAACAAAUAAUGCAACACCAACGGCUGCUACAGCUGCUAUUCUAUCACCUGGUAAUGGUAGUACAACAACAACAACAGCAAUACAAAAUCAAAUAUUACAAAAAUCAUCAACAACACCAUCAGCCGGUGGUGAAAGUUAUAAUAAAAAACUUAGCCGUCAAUUUAAUGAUAAGGUGAAAAAAAAUAUAUCAAGUGAUAAAUUAAUAUUAUCUAAUAUAAAUAAUAUAAAUAUUAAUGAUAAUAAUUUAUUUAUUAGCAGUAGUAGUAGUAAUAAUAAUACAAAUAUAAAUAAUAUUAAUAAUAUAAAAAUAAAAAAAAAUAAUUCAUUAUAUGAUUUUGCUCAAAUAAGUAAUAAUGCUACAAGUCCUACAACUAUUACUAGUACUCCUACUGCUAAAACGGUAAAUAAUAUUUCAGAAUUAAAUAAUGCUAUGCAAAAUGAAACCGCCGCUGCAAUUGAUAUUAUAUCAGCUGCUACCGCCUCUGAUAUAAAUGUUACUUCCGCCGCUGCUGCCGCCGCCAUCGCUACUGCUUCAAAUACUAAUCCCGCUAAUCAAUUAUAUAAUAAUAAUACUCUUAAUAUUUCAUCAAAUAAUAUAUUAAUACCAUCAACGGCAACUGUUAUAAGUGGAAUAAUAUCAUCUGAUAAUUUAAUUAUUGAUGAUAAUACAGCUGCUAAUAAUGCUUUUAAUGAUAUUAGUCCUGCAUUUAUUGAUGAUGAUAUUAAAAUAUGUGCCGCUGAUUUAAUUGCUAUAGAUACAGCUGCUGCAAAUAUUGCUGCCGCUUCUAUUUCUACUGAUAUUAAUACUAUUAAUCCUUCUUCAAAUUUAGAUUCAUUAAAACGUAAUAAUAUUACUGCAUUUCAUAUUGGUAGCAUUAAAGAAAAUCGUAAUAGUAAAAGUUUUGAUAAUAAUAAUACAUAUAAUAAAAAUUUUGAUUAUGAUAGCUCCUCGCCAAUUAAUAAUACAAAAUUUUUAUAUGACAAUGGAAUACGUAAUGCCAGCAGUCAUAAUAAUAUGAUAAAUAUUAAUUUAAAUAAUUUAUAUGAGAAUCAUUUAAAUAGUAAUAGUCAUUUUAAUACAAAUUUUAAUAAUUUUAUAAAUAAUCAAACAUCUCAGCAACGACAACUACAACAACAACAACAAUAUAGAAAUAAUCAAACAUUAAGUCCAGAUAGUGCAAAAUUUAAUAAUAAUGAUGAGGAUGGUAAUGGGAUUGAUCAUAGUUUUAAAACAAAAUCAUGUCGAAGUUUUAUUCGACAACAACCAAAAUUAGGAAAUGAGCAUCGUAAUAAAUCAGUUCCACACAGUUUGCAGGCAAGUGAAAAAUGGACAAGUGUUCGUUAUAGUACUGAUUCAAGAAAUAAAGUUAAAAUUGAAAAUCAUAUUUCAUUGAAUUCAAAUUUAAAUUUAAAUGGAUUCGGAAAUGAUGGAAGCUCAAAUGGAAAAGGGAAAUCAAAAAUUAUAGGACAGGAGGUAUUAUCACUUGGUGCUGAUGUCCUGCCUGAAUAUAAAAUGCAAAGUCCUAGUGUACAUAAAUGGACAAUAUUACAUUAUUCACCAUUUAAGGCGGUGUGGGAUUGGUUAAUUUUAAUUUUAGUAAUGUAUACAGCAAUUUUUACACCAUAUGUAGCUGCUUUUUUACUCGGUGAACCUGAUUAUAAUCAGCGACGUAAUAAUAAGUAUAUUCAUAACGAUCCAAUUGUGAUAGUCGAUUUAAUUGUGGAUGUAACAUUUGUGAUAGAUAUAUUAAUAAAUUUUCGCACAACAUUCGUUAAUGGCCAGGACGAAGUCGUUUCACAUCCUGGACGAAUAGCAGUACACUAUUUAAGUGGAUGGUUUCUUAUUGAUUUAGUAGCCGCAAUACCAUUUGAUUUAUUAUUAGUUGGUAGCGAUACUGAUGAGCUUGGCUUGGACAAAGAUGAGACCACCACAUUGAUUGGACUCCUGAAAACAGCACGUUUACUACGUCUUGUUAGAGUUGCUAGGAAAAUUGAUCGAUAUUCAGAGUAUGGUGCAGCAGUACUUGUUCUACUUAUGGCAACAUUCGCCUUAAUUGCCCAUUGGUUAGCAUGUAUAUGGUAUGCAAUUGGAAAUGCUGAAAGACCAAUGCAUCCAGAUAAAAAAAUUGGUUGGUUAGAUAGUUUAGCAAUUAGCAUAGAAGAACCAUAUUUUCCGAAUAAUACGGGUGGUCCUUCAAUUAAAUCUCGUUAUAUAACAGCUUUAUAUUUUACAUUUACUUCAUUAACAUCAGUCGGAUUUGGUAACGUUGCACCAAAUACAGAUGCUGAAAAAAUUUUUACGAUAUGUGUUAUGUUAAUGGGCUCUCUCAUGUAUGCCAGUAUCUUUGGUAAUGUAUCGGCAAUUAUACAAAGACUAUAUUCCGGAACAGCAAGAUAUCACACGCAAAUGCUUCGUGUUAGAGAAUUUAUUAGAUUUCAUCAGAUUCCAAAUCCUUUGCGACAAAGGUUAGAGGAAUAUUUUCAGCAUGCGUGGACAUAUACGAAUGGCAUUGAUAUGAAUUCAGUGUUGAAAGGUUUUCCAGAAUGUUUGCAAGCUGAUAUUUGCCUUCAUUUAAAUCGUAACCUACUAGCAAAUUGUUCAGCCUUUGAUGGUGCCAGCCCAGGUUGUUUAAGAGCCCUAUCACUUAAAUUUAAAACUACACAUGCACCUCCAGGUGAUACAUUAGUCCAUAAAGGUGAUGUUUUAACAUCACUUUAUUUCAUAGCUCGUGGUUCAAUAGAAAUUUUAAAAGACGAUGUAGUUAUGGUAAUUUUAGGGAAAGAUGAUAUUUUUGGUGAAAAUCCUUGUAUAUAUCCAACAAUUGGUAAAUCGAAUAGUAAUGUUAGAGCGCUUACAUAUUGUGAUUUGCAUAAAAUUCAUCGAGAGGAUUUACUCGAUGUUUUAGAUUUGUAUCCAGAAUUUUAUGACAGUUUUGUUAAUAAUUUAGUUAUAACGUACAAUAUGAGAGAUGAAGAACAAGCUGGUGUAGAAGUAAGACAUAGAUAUAUGAGAGCAACAUCACAUGAUAGAGACAAAAGCAAUAGUGAUACUAGAUCAAUUAGAAUUAGCACUGGACUUCAUAGACAACAUUCAUUCCAUCGUAGUGGAAAUAUAUGUGACAAUCCCAACGAUAGGAUCUCAACGAAUGAUCUUAGCGAUUUAGACAGAACAAUUGGUGGUGAUCACGAUAAUUAUACGAGAACAGGAAGCACAUCAAAGACAACAAAGUUCACAAAACGUUCCAACUAUAAUAGGCAGCAUGAUCAGAGAACACAUAAACAACAUAGAUCUCUUUCAAAUGCAUCGCCAACAGAUAGCCAACACCAAACUAAUACGCACAAAAGUCGAGUUGGUAGUUUAGGUGGUGGUGUAGAUAAUGGAGGUGGAGGAAGUAAUGGACAACCGCCACCCAAUUUAAAUAUUCCAAUAACAGGUAUAACAUUAACUGGUCGAGUUGAUGAAAGUGAUGGUAUUGCUGGUGCUAAUAUAUUACAAUCAAAUGAAAUUGAAGAAACAGGUGAAGCAAGUGCUAUUACAGAUCCAUUAAAUGUAUUAGGUCAUCAGUGUUCAAUAACAGAUGAUUAUGAAGAGCAAUAUAGGGAAACAGAUGCAGUUACAUUGAGUGCAACACCAACAAAUAAUUUAUGUUUCUGUCCAUCUAGAGAACAUAGUAGAAAACAACCGAAACAACAUCAUAUAGACAGUGGAAGUGAUAUACCUAUUCAUAGUGAACUACCAUCUUAUCAUCAUAUAACGACCAGUGGUAGUGGUCCACAUCAUAGUGUUAGUAGUAGUGUCCAUCAUUGUGCGAAAUCUUCAGAAAUUAGCUCAAUUAAAAUUCAAUUAGGUGAAUUAACAAAACGUAUCGAUUCAUUAGAAACAAAUUUACAUAAAGAUAUUAGAACAAUAUUGGAUAUAUUGCAUCAACAACAACAAAUGCAAUUACAAUUACAUCAGCAACAGUUACAACAUCAAAUGCAACAACAACAACAAAUACAACAACAACAACAGUUAUUAGCUGGUCAACAAAUAACGACAUCCUUUCAACCGUCCGAAAGUGAUUUCUCAUUUGAUUUAGCUGGAGGAAUCACUGAAAAACAAAUAUCACAAACUCAAUUGCAGCAACAACAGCAAUCUCAACAACAAUUACAGCAGCCACAGUUAUCACAUCAAUCACAACAGCAACAACUUCAACAACGAACAAAUGUACAGAGAUCUAUUUCACAACCGGAAUGUGCUGCAACUACAUCAAACGAAAAGAGUUUGUUCAGAUGCUCAAAAUUUUCAUCGUUUAAUCAAACAAUGGAAGAUAGCGAUAAUUGGACUACAGUAUUUGCUCCUAUAGCUAAACUGGAAUCAUUAGAUGAAAUAGAUCAAGACAGUAAACAUUCCAAAAGUCAAGAUAUUACACAAUAAUAAUUUUAUAAAAAAAAAAUUAAAUUAUAGCUAAAAAAAAACUAAAAAAGAAAAAAAAAAGAAAAAAUUUUUAUCCUUAAAUAAUAAUUUUUAAUACAAAAAA